CAAGAUCAGGCUCUGUAGAGUCUUCUGCUUACUUUUAUACUCAGCGAAAGCGAUUUAUCCUUCUGACAGAACGAUGGAAAACUAGAGGCAACAAAACGUGUCGAACUCGUAAUGAGCUUCAGUUUGAUAGAAGCACCCAUCCACAAACUCGACUUGUCAACCCACUGUUCCCCAAACCAACAUUCAACGUCGUCAUCGUCGCACAUGCGCGCUUCUCAGUCGAACCUAAGGUACUUCCUAUUUCGCAAUGAGUAUCUUGUGGAGCCCGAUAGACGGCUCUUUUGAUCGUCGCAACGAUUCGUCGAGACCUCCUCGUACACUUGAGACUGAAGAAGAUAUCGCCCUUGAUACCGAGUUGUCGGGGAAUCUCUUGCAUGAUCGACAAAACAAACAUGAUAGACAGAACAUGGCCACUGUAACUUCCGAUGCCCACAUCCACCAGCUUUCUGGAGAUGUAUCUCUGUUGGGACGGCCAGCAAUCAAGAAGAGUAUCUACAAGUCGGAUGUAGCUGCGGCGGCUACGUCGAUGGUUUGCCUCGCUCUUGGUAUCCUGGCUGUUUCUCAUGAGUCCAUCUCUUGGCGCCUUGGUGUCGGGAACAACCAGCUCAUUGUUGUCGGCUUCCUGCUAAGUGCUAUGAGUCUAUGUCUGGCUAGUGUCACGCCGACGUUGUUCAUACUUGUGGAAGCCCGGUAUGGCGAAUCCACCAUACAAAACUACGAUGCUAUUCUGCGCAACAAACCUUUGGCCUCAAAACUCGGUGUUCCUUGGCGGAUUGUUUUAAUUCUCACUUUGGCACUUCCCAUUGGACUCAGCGUCGCGUACAAAAUAUUCACAGGGGGCGAGAGCAGAAUGAAAGUCAACAGCAUGGACUACAUCCCGAAUAUCACUUACUACGGCAUGUUUCAGCCUCCAGGCACCACUUCAUUCAGUGGUAUAUCGAUAUUUUUCAACGCAACUACAGCGUUCCGAGAAGAUACCGCAUUAGAGUCGGAUGGAUCUGAGUCGCCUUUACCAGCGCUGCCGCACGCAUACGGCUACAACGUCCUGCUGUUGAAUACUACAAGCGUCGCGGCUCUUGACACGUUGCACUCCGAAUUUUUGGAAGCAAUACAGCAGCUUCUCGCAGUCGGCGAAUCAUGGACUAUUACUGCGCCAGUGCUCGGUACCGUUGCCACUUUCAAUGAGUCGAGCAGCAGAGAUCGGCCUGCCUUGGCGAAGGCUUUCCUAGCCGCCUGUCAGGAUGCCGAAGGAAAUAGGAAUCAAUGGUCACAAGGCAAACAAGACAUGUUGAACUGGUGGGCUUUGUCUCUUACGAACCAUUACUCGCUGUCAGACCAAUCCCUACAAUAUCUUGGAAUAGCACCACAGAACCCAGAGUGCGAGGGGUUUUCACAUUAUGUUUAUCUUUACAACAUCUACCGGCAGCGGUGCUGGGGAACUUGGUCGGUCACUAGAGGUAGCUCCCAGCUCCUGAACGGUUCAUGCGAGGAAGCUAUCUUGUCGCGGGUCAAGCAAUUGCCGAUAACUUACAACAACCUUGCGCUUGAUUCGUGGUACAUAUCUCCCUUGAUGGAGAUGCUAAGCACGUUUAGCGGAACUGGUGAAAGAGGCAAUCUGUCUCACUGGAUGACUCCAUACAUGGCCACGUCCGUGGCUACAAUGUUGUGGUCUCGAAUUGCUGUUCUACAGAACGCACGAAUCCCGAGUUUAGAUCACUUCAACAUGAGUUCAAAAGGCUGGAUCUGGGAAAAUGGAACCGAAGUCUCACAUAGAGAAGUUGAAGUCAUCUAUUCAGUCGAUCAAGCCGAUCAAAGCAUAUUCUAUAAGCGGCCCACAUUACAGAAAUCGCCAUGGCUGUAUCUGGUGCUUGCGAUCCAGCCACUCUUGAUAGUCAUCAUCCUCGGACUGACUGUCAUGCUUCACUCAGAGCCCCUGGGUAGGGGGUUCGGCCUCGUCUCAAUCUUAUCGGGAAUUGACCGCCAGAGUCUCAACAGCUUGGCGGGAGCAUCGCUUUCAGGAGAGCUUUCGCAGCCUGUCAAGCUGACAAUGUCUCCCGUUCAAAAUGGUGACACCAACACCAUUCAGUAUCGUACAGCAACAUCCUCUAAGGGGUUAAAGAGGAAUGGGAAGCUAUCUAGGAACGUUCUUUAUCACUGAAAUGGAGGUAGCUGAUAGGGGUUUGCGGGUACAUAUGUUUUCCAGCGUUAUUAAGCCACCAGCUUUUGUCAGUCAAGCUUAUCAGGAGUAGAGCAUAUCACAGUAAUCAUAUAAAUUCUGGAAAUGGGCACCUCAAAUCG